AUGACGUGCACAUAUACCAUCAUGUGUAUUCCAGCAGGACUGCAGAAUAUGCACCGAAUUCUCCGAUUUUGUCGGAGCUGGAAACAGCGGAUAAAUAUCGGUGGAAACACUCGUUAUGGAAACUCAAGCCAUCGAUUCGACAGAGGCAAAGUGACCAACUCUCGUAAACAGCGACCGUCAACGCUGUUGUGCAGACUAUCACCCCAAGCAGCCACCAGCUCUUCCUUGGUGUUUACGCGUGCACCUUGGGUUCGGAUUGGAAGGCUGAGAUCCCGAACACUUGACACAUGCGGAAACAUUGGUCAGAUUGCCAUGGAGGAGAACUCUGAAAGAUCAAACCUCAGCUGGAGUUCAACUUAUAGCUAUACAACAGAUUUACACCCGGAUACGAUUGAGUUUUCACCCAGUUCCCACAUCGCUCUUUGUGGCUCCUACGAACUGAAUGAGAUUACCGGGAUACGUUGCGGAAGCUUAUAUUCAUUCAGCUCCAAGGAGGGGCUUGAUUUUUUCGUAGACGGCAAUUAUUUAUGUCCAGGUGUGCUUGACCUCUCCUGGGUCGAUAACAACACUGUGCUAUCCGCUCAUGCGGAUGGAACUCUUGGGGUGUGGUUGCUGGAUGGUUUGGCGAUGAGGCCUUGUUUUUACGAGGUUCACCCGGGCUACGGAAAUGUGCACCUGUGGGAGCUCACACAAGGCAUCGCGAGUACACCGGUAAAAAUUCGGGCGUUUUGUGCGCAUCAAUUUGAGGCCUGGUGUUCUUCUGUGGACUCUCUGCAAGACCAUGUUUUCUACUCUGGCGGGGACGACGGGCUUUGUCACAUGUGGGACACGAGGCAAUUAUCUCACGCCGUCUGCACUUUGAAGCAUGAAAUGGGAGUAUGCAGUGUUCGUAAUCACCCCACACUUUUGAACAUCAUAUCAACGGGAAGCUACGACGAAUGUCUUCGGGUUUGGGACCUACGAAUGGUGCGCACAAGUACAACAGGUAGCGUGACUGCACCAUCUACUCCUCUGAGUAGUUGCACUGUCGGUGGCGGAGUUUGGCGUCAUAAAUGGAGUCCAUCGGGUGACUGGAUUCUUGUUGCAGCCAUGAGUGCGGGAUUCGCGACCGCCAAGCUAAUUUCUCCUACGGUGACGGACGCUGCAAAAGGCGACUGUUUCACAAUGUCAAUACAUCCAGCUGGACGAUUUCGUUCAUCCGCUCAGUUGGCCUACGGAAUCGAUUGGGUUGAACAACCCACCUUCCACGCAUCAACAAGAAGGUGGAUCGUUGGAACUUGUUCCUUCUACGAUAACCGCGUUGAUUUUUCUCAGCUACUCAUGACUCCGACUUGAAUAACUCGAUAUAUUAUGCUUUUGUAAUAUUGCC